CUGCAUUCUUCAUACCAAAAUCAACGCAAGACAUAAUCUGUCAUCUCGUGUCCAUUAGCGAGUAUAAAAGCAGCUCCUUUGUGGAGAACAGUCAAACGUUAAUUUCUCUUUACUCAAUUUGGAUCCAGAAGCCUUAUUCAAAGCCAUGUCUGGAGUCAAAGGAGGUCACAAGGAUCAACCAAAAGAUGUUGGUCAAUAUGAGAAGCACCAGGCGGACACAAAGAAGGAUAGCAGUACACCACAGCGUAAGUUAUUCACUAUGAAAAAUAAAUAAAUAGAAAAAUUACUUGAAGUAAAUAUUUUUCAUACCUGAUACAGAUGCAUCUUAAAUGAUAUAUCUUUCAGUUUUAAUUUAUUUAUUUUGCUUUUUGAGCAAAGAUGUCAAAUACAACCCCCGUUUGUUCUGAAGGUUUGGCUCUGUCAUAGCUAUGGCUAUGAUGUUUGUUUAUGGUCCACCAUAUUGUUUGAAGAUGGAAAUACUUUAUAGUUCCAUAAUAAUUGCUGGACUUCAACGCGAAUUCCCAUUGGACAGUUGAAUGGCAACAAUAAUGAGAACUUCAGUAAUGGGAAAAUGUUAGCACUUCAAAACACCCCUAGAAUUAUCUCUGGUGUUUACAACUCUAAAUUGGAGAAGCAUUCAAGACAACACCCUUAUAUUUCGCAGCCGUUAAUGGUGUAUAUAUUGAUGGUGGGUCUAGGGAAAAUGGUAAAAUAAUUUAAAUUUGUUAUUAAUUAUUGCUGUCAUGUUUCAAUAUUGGUAAGAGAAAAAAUAAAUAUGUAUAAAUAUAAAUUUUAACUAUAAAAAAGGACAUUUAAAUCCCUAAAUUGCUGAUUAUUUCAUUGCCUUUGUAGCGCAGACUUGCAGAUUUUGAAAAGCAUUGUACGCUACUUUUGUAGAAGCAGAAAAAUGUGAAUGACUUGCUAUCUUUUAUUAUUUGAGUUUAUUAGUUUGUGCAUGUAUUUCAAUGUCUUAUAUGAACAUUUCAAAAAAAGUAUGGAGUGCAAUGAAAAAUGAAAAAAGCAUAGAGUGCAAUAUCCAAGAACACGUGCAGGAGAAUAGAGUUAAAUCAAUACUUCCAGACAAUUCAUGUAAAAUGGAGACUAUACCCUGAUAUGUUUACAAGUACACGUUAGGUUAUUAAUACAGGAUUACUUAUACUAUGACUACUUUGACUAGUAACUAUGAGUUAUUAUCAUGGAUGUAGUGAUGUGAAUUUGUUAAAAAUAUGUGAACACCAAGGUGCCACAAAGAAAAUCAAUACAAAGAAUAAAGAUCAUAUAGGACUAACAAAUAUCCCAUAAUGGUCAAAUAUAAAAUGCGCAUAUAAAUCUAUAAUAUUUAAACUGAUGAUAUAUUUUUGAAAUUCUUUUUGUAUUUUUAUGAAGUUCAAAUAUGUCUAUGUGUGUUUGUUAUUAGUAGAUCCAGUGGAACCUGUGGUACCUCAGCCAACUGCAUGCCAGCCAGCUAAGCAUCAACCAGCUGUGAGUCAGCCAGCCCAAACUCAGCCAGCUGUGAGUCAGCCAGCCCAAACUCAGCCAGCUGUGACUCAGCCAGCCCAAACUCAGCCAGCUGUGAGUCAGCCAGCCCAAACUCAGCCAGCUGUGAGUCAGCCAGCCCAAACUCUGCCAGCAAAGAGCCAACAAUCUGUGAGCAAACCAACCCAAACUCAGCCAGCCAAGAGCCAACCAGCUGUGAGUCAACCAACCCAAAAUCAGCCAGCUGUGAACCAACCAGCCCAAACUCAGCCAGCCAAAAGCCAACCAGCUGUGAACCAACCAGCCCAAACUCAGCCAGCCAAAAGCCAACCAGCUGUGAGCAAACCAGCCGAAACACAGCCAGCCAAGAGCCAACCAGCUGUUAGCCAACCAGCUGUGAGUCAAGCAGCUCAAACUCAGCCAGCCAAGAGCCAACCAGCUAUGAGUCAACCAUCCCAAACUCAGCCAGCCAAGAGCCAACCAGCUAUCAGUCAACCAGCUGUGAGUCAACCAACCCAAACUCAGCCAGCUGUGAACCAACCAGCCCAAACUCAGCUAGCCAAGAGCCAAUCAGCUGUGAACCAACCAGCCCAAACUCAGCUAGCCAAGAGCCAAUCAGCUGUGAGUCAACAAGCCCAAACUCAGCCAGCUGUGAACCAACCAGCCCAAACUCAGCUAGCCAAGAGCCAAUCAGCUGUGAGUCAACCAGCCCAAACUCAGCCAGCUAAUAGCCAACCAGCUGUGAGCAAACCAGCUGAAACACAGCCAGCCAAGAGCCCACCAGCAAUUAGCCAACCAGCUGUGAGUCAACCAGCCCAAACUCAGCCAGCCAAGAGUCAACCAGCAAUGAGUCAACCAACCCAAGCUCAGCCAUCCAAGAGUCAACCAGCUGUGAGCAAACCAGCUGAAACACAGCCAGCCAAUAGUCAACCAGCUGUGAGUCAACCAACCCAAGCUCAGCCAGCCAAGAGCCAAUCAACUGUGAGCCAACCAGCUGUAAGUCCACCAGCCAAAACGCCACCAGCCAUCAGCCAGCCAGCUAGGAGUCAACCAGCCCAAACUCAGCCAGCAAACAGCCAGCCAGCUGUGAGCCAACCAGCUGUGAGUCAAUCAGCCAAGAGUCAGCCAGCCAAGAGUCAGCCAGCCAGUCAUGUAUAGUCAGUUUACAUGAAAUAAGAAUUUAGAAUUUAAGGCUGCAAGGAAGCUUGUGCUUGAAAAUAAUUGCAUGCCAAUAUAUGCUGCUUAUUUACUGAUUAAAUCUCUUAUUCUGUUUACUAUCAAAUUAACUUAAUCAUAAUAAAUUAAAUUAUUUAACGCAA